AUGCCACAAAACGAGUAUAUUGAGUUACACCGGAAGCGCUAUGGAUACCGUUUGGAUUACCAUGAGAAAAAGAGAAAGAAGGAAGGUCGAGAGGCUCAUGAACGUUCAAAGAAGGCAAAAAAGAUGAUUGGGCUGAAGGCUAAGCUCUACCAUAAGCAGCGCCAUGCUGAGAAAAUACAAAUGAAAAAGACUAUUAAGAUGCAUGAAAAACGAAACACCAAACAAAAGAAUGAUGAAAAGACUCCACAAGGAGCAGUACCUGCAUAUCUGCUGGACAGAGAGGGACAGUCCCGAGCUAAAGUACUUUCCAAUAUGAUUAAACAAAAACGAAAAGAGAAAGCGGGAAAAUGGGAAGUCCCUCUGCCCAAAGUUCGUGCCCAGGGAGAAACAGAGGUAUUAAAAGUUAUUCGAACAGGAAAGAGAAAGAAAAAAGCAUGGAAGAGGAUGGUUACGAAAGUCUGCUUUGUUGGAGAUGGCUUUACUCGAAAACCACCUAAAUAUGAAAGAUUCAUUAGGCCAAUGGGCUUACGUUUCAAGAAGGCCCAUGUAACACACCCCGAACUGAAAGCGACCUUUUGCCUGCCAAUACUUGGUGUGAAGAAGAAUCCCUCCUCCCCACUUUAUACAACCUUGGGUGUUAUUACCAAAGGUACUGUCAUCGAGGUGAACGUGAGUGAGUUGGGCCUUGUGACACAAGGAGGCAAGGUUAUUUGGGGAAAAUAUGCCCAGGUUACCAACAAUCCUGAAAAUGAUGGGUGCAUAAAUGCAGUCUUACUGGUUUGA